GUCUCGUUGGAAGCUGUCCCUUUACCGUCAUGUGACGUAAGCCGUCGCCCCACCCGUCUGCAGCCACUCCCUGUCUUCGUCCCCGAGCUUGACAGGGCCACGUGACCUCCCGGAGCCAGUCACGUGAGGCGGCUCCUGGGUGGGAGGGGGCUGGCAGAGGGGUCCGCGGUGGCAGUGAAGGAGGAAGAUGGCGGGAAGCAGGGGGCCUCUGUGCAGCCGCUGCAAGUUGUGCUGCUGCUGCAGCGAGCGUGAGACCCGCACCCCCGAGGAGCUGACCAUCCUUGGAGAAACACAGGAGGAGGAGGAUGAGAUCCUUCCUAGGAAAGACUAUGAGAGUUUGGAUUAUGAUCGCUGUAUCAAUGACCCUUAUCUAGAAGUUUUGGAGACCAUGGAUAACAAGAAAGGUCGAAGGUUCGAGUUGGUGAAGUGGACGGUGGUGUUUGCCAUUGGAUUCUGCACUGGGCUGGUGGGUCUCUUUGUGGACUUUUUUGUGCGACUUUUCACCAAACUCAAAUAUGGAGUGGUAGAAGCAUCUGUGGAGGAAUGCAGCCAGAAAGGCUGCCUCGGCCUGUCUCUCCUUGAACUCUUGGGUUUUAACUUGACCUUUGUCUUCUUGGCAAGCCUUCUCGUCCUAAUUGAGCCGGUGUCAGCAGGUUCCGGGAUACCCGAGAUCAAAUGCUAUCUGAAUGGCGUGAAGGUUCCAGGCAUCGUCCGUUUCCGGACCCUGGUCUGCAAGGCCCUUGGAGUGUUGUUCAGUGUGGCUGGAGGGCUCUUCGUGGGCAAGGAAGGCCCCAUGAUCCACAGCGGCGCCGUGGUGGGAGCUGGCCUCCCUCAGUUGCAGGCCUCCUCCUUACGGAAGAUCCAGAUUAACUUCCCCUAUUUCCAAAGUGACAGAGACAAGCGAGACUUCGUAUCAGCAGGGGCAUCUGCCGGAAUCGCUGCAGCUUUUGGGGCCCCGAUUGGGGGUACCCUGUUCAGUCUGGAGGAGGGAUCAUCCUUCUGGAACCAGGGGCUCACAUGGAAAGUGCUCUUUUGUUCCAUGUCUGCCACCUUCACCCUCAACUUCUUCCGCUCUGGGAUUCAGUUUGGAAGUUGGGGCUCCUUCCAGCUCCCUGGACUGCUCAACUUUGGCGAGUUUAAGUGCUCUGACUCUGAUAAAAAAUGUCAUCUCUGGACAGCUAUGGAUUUGGGUCUCUUCGUCGUGAUGGGUGUCAUUGGGGGCCUUCUGGGAGCCAUAUUCAACUGUCUGAACAAGAGGCUUGCAAAGUACCGUAUGCGAAACGUGCACCCGAAACCCAAGCUCGUCAGAGUUUUGGAGAGCCUCUUGAUAUGUCUGGUGACCACCGUGGUGGUGUUUGUGGCCUCAAUGGUGUUAGGAGAAUGCCGACAGAUGUCAUUUUCGAAACACGUCCGCAAUGACUCAUACCAACAGGUCAGAACAGAAGAUGUGAAUUCAAGUAUGAAGACGUUUUUUUGUCCCAAUGAUACUUACAAUGACAUGGCCACACUCUUCUUCAACCCCCAGGAGUCUGCCAUCCUCCAGCUCUUCCACCAGGAAGGUACCUUCAGCCCCGUCACUCUUUCCUUGUUCAUCGUCUUCUAUUUCUUUCUUGCGUGUUGGACUUACGGCGUUUCUGUCCCAAGUGGCCUUUUUGUACCUUCUCUGCUGUGUGGAGCAGCUUAUGGACGUUUAGUUGCCAACAUCCUAAAAAGCUACAUUGGAUUGAGCCACAUCUAUUCAGGGACCUUUUCCCUGGUUGGUGCUGCGGCUUUGUUGGGUGGGGUCGUCCGUAUGACCAUCAGUCUCACGGUCAUCCUGAUCGAGUCUACCAAUGAGAUCACUUACGGGCUUCCCAUCAUGAUCACCCUGAUGGUGGCCAAAUGGACAGGGGACUUUUUCAAUAAGGGCAUUUACGAUAUCCAUGUGGACCUGCGAGGUGUGCCGCUUCUGGAGUGGGAGACGGAGGUGGAAAUGGACAAACUGAGAGCCAGCGACAUCAUGGAGCCCAACCUGACCUACGUGUACCCGCACACCCGCAUCCAGUCCCUGGUGAGCAUCCUGCGCACCACAGUCCACCACGCCUUCCCGGUGGUGACAGAGAACCGCGGCAACGAGAAGGAGUUCAUGAAGGGCAACCAGCUUAUCAGCAACAACAUCAAGUUCAAGGUAAAGGAAACAGCCUCGAGUGGAAAGAAAUCUAGCAUCCUCACCCGAGCUGGCGAGCAGCGCAAACGGAGCCAGUCCAUGAAGUCCUACCCGUCCAGCGAGCUGCGGCACAUGUGUGACGAGCACAUCGCCUCUGAGGAUGCGGCCGAGAAGGAGGACCUCCUGCAGCAGAUGCUGGAGAGGAGAUACACUCCCUACCCCAACCUGUAUCCUGACCAGUCCCCAAGUGAAGACUGGACCAUGGAGGAACGCUUCCGCCCUCUGACCUUCCACGGCUUGAUCCUUCGGUCGCAGCUUGUCACCCUGCUUGUCCGCGGAGUUUGUUAUUCUGAGAGCCAGUCGAGCGCCAACCAACCCCGCCUUUCCUACGCCGAGAUGGCUGAGGAUUACCCGAAGUACCCAGACAUCCACGACCUGGACCUGACGCUGCUGAACCCAAGGAUGAUUGUGGAUGUCACCCCGUACAUGAACCCUUCGCCUUUCACCGUCUCACCUAACACCCAUGUCUCCCAAGUCUUCAACCUGUUCAGGACCAUGGGCCUGCGCCACUUGCCCGUGGUGAAUGCCGUGGGAGAGAUCGUUGGGAUCAUUACACGGCACAACCUGACAUACGAAUUUCUGCAGGCCCGACUGAGGCAGCACUACCAGACCAUGUGAGGGGCCAGCUCCCCCUCUCCCAGGGCUGCCUGGGCAGGCAGCUCGCUCACUCCAGCCACCACAGCUGGCUGGGGUUGCACGGAAGAUUCCUAGUCACCCCCCUCUUGGAAAGCCUGGAGUCAUCCAUCAUUUUGCUGGUCAGAGAACCUGGGGAGGGUUUGGAACCAUCAGAGUCUGGACUUUCCUAACUUCCUCAGCAAGUAUCUUCCCAUUCCCUGCCCCCCGAGUUCCUACCCUCCAGUGUUGGCACAGGCCCACCGUGGUCACCACUAGAGUCAGGACCAGGGGUGGAAGUCAGGCAGACCGCUGGGUGACACUCCAAGCAGUGUUCCUGCCCCGUCUUUGCUGCUUUCCUAGCGAUCACAGCUGUUGCCAUGGAUAUAUGGGAGGGACCUUGGCCAGGGCAACACUAGGGGCCGGGAGGGAUGCGCCAGUUUUAAAUUCAGUUAAUGACUAAAUUUAGGAAUUAGGCACUAAGAAAAUUCUCCGUGUUUCAGGGAGGCCUUCCUUUGUUGGGACUCUUAAUUCCACAUCUUCUGUAGUUCAUUUGAAGGGGGUGUUCUGCUUCCUCGGUGUGAGCAGGUGUUCCGGUCUGGCUCCUGUGGUUUGAAUCUCCUUGGAACCACUACGCACCAGAACCACAAAGCAUUAGAAUCCCUCUGGUAAUCUCUGAAUGAUAAAUCUGAUAAGAGGGUCAGAUUUCCAUCCACCUGGUUGGUAACAUUUCAGCUUUCUUUCCAUUUGUAAAUUAUUCAUGGUCUCCUAUUAACACGUUUCUACCCUGAUUCUUUUCAUCUCCAUGAACUACUAAACUUUCCUUAAGAGUUUAUCCUGUCUUCUGGUGAAACAGCCACAGCUCGAAGGGUUUUGGCGUCACCUGCCAAAGUUAGCUGAAUGCAGGGCACCCAUAGAUAAGACGGCUUCACUGAACUCUGGGGAAGGAGGCAACUCCUGAGCCAGUGACCACCGAAAGGUACAUGUUGUGAUGAUGCGGAUGGCUGAUUCGAGGAAGAAGGUGUCCGCCCUUCACAGACGUCUCUCACUCCCUGCUCUUAGCCUUCCCAGCCUACGCAGAAACUUCAGGAGGGUCUCUGCCCUGCAGGGAGGUUGGGUGGGGAGAUGCUCCCUGCCAGCGUGUGCCUGCGGGUUUUAGCUUUGAGUGUAGGAACCGCCCCCUCUUUCGGUGACUUCAUUUCUCUCCAGGCUGGUUGGUCCCCUCUCGGACUAGGCCCCCAGGGUGAGCAUCCUGGCAUCAAGCAUUUGCAUACCUUCCCCUAACUGCCACAGGUUUGUGAACGUCUUGGCCCCAUCAGGUGUCCCUGAGGCAGACAUACUUUGGGACUCAAGAUGGCAUUGGUCUGCAUUUAGUUUCUUUCAAACCAUAGAAGUUGCCUGCUGCCUCGGUGCCUGGCCUUGGCAAUGCUGUCCUCUCGCCCUCAGUUCCCCUGGAUGCACCUGACUUGUGAAAUGGGGAUGAUACUCCCAGUAAAUAGUUCAGGAGAUCACAAGGACCAAAAAGGCAAAACCCUUGUAAAUGUGAUUGUGUUCAACGAGCUGCCGCUUUACUUUAUGGUGGUGGUCAGAGCUGGGCCACCUUUCUUCCUCUGAUUAAGAAGGAAACCAGUCGUCCAAGUCAGCAGAGUGGCAUGACCACCCCUCACAGACAUUUCGCCCCUCUUUCCACCCGUUCCUGGAAUUGGCAGAGCUCAUGCCCUGCAGGAGGACCCCGGCUCUGGAGGGCUGGGUCACUGGCCACUUGCCUCGAGGCUGCCACUGGUGAAUGUCGUUGGAACGUAUCCCUCGUGCACAUCGUGUUGUGUUUAAGUCACUGGAUAUUUUGUUCCCGUCAGUUUAGCCAGAGAUAGACGGUAGAAUGCAAAUGCCUCCCUCCCCCCGAACUGACUGGAUGGCUGCCACGGAGGACCCACACCCAGGCCCCUCUGCAAAGGCACGUGGUUUCCUCUCCUCCCUCUGCAUCCGCCCUCUCCAGAUAAGCCCAAAGACAUCACCUUCUCCACUCGUGACAAGUAACCGUAAGCUUUGCUCCCUCAGUCUCUGUACAGUAGAAAGCAGUGUUUGCAGCUUCGCCUAUUAAACCCGCCCCGUCGGCUGCCAGUGAUAAGGCACCUCGGUAAAGCAACAAUCCCCAGAGGGGAGUCUGGGGGUGGCUCGAGGUGGUUUUCUGUGUUUUGUUGUGGUAUUUCGUGGCCCCCCAGCUGGGGCAAUCAGGGAGCGGGGUUGGCAGGCCCCUGCUCCUGGCAUGGGGCCGGUGCACUCUGGGGGAUGAUUUGCUCGUGGCCUCGUCUAAUAGUCCCCAGCUGGAAUGGAUGCUGGCUCGGCCCAGCCUACCAGAUGGCGUUUCUGAUGCAGAAUUGUGCACUGACAUGGCCCUGGGUGACAAAAAACUUCUGAAAAGGCCGGAGCACCCCCCACCUCCCUGGCCCUGCAGUGUUGAUGUGCAGUAUCGCCCCCAGCCCCUGUGGACCUCGGUCGCUUGACAGUCGCAGCUUCCUUUUUCUGUUUGCACUGUUUAUAUGGUAAUGUGAGCUAAUCUUGUGUAUAUAAAUUGUAUUUUUUUUUAAUUUGUAAAGUGCUAUUUUUAUUUGAACUUUUGGAACUUAGAAGUUCUCGUUGUAACCGUAACAUGUCAGAAUAAAACAUCUCCAUCUGUGUCCUUUA